AGGAAUAUUUCUGAGUGUGGUAUUGAACAACAAAAAACAAACAACAAAUAAAAAAAAACGAUUGGCAAACUGUCGACAAUCAUACAAAAUACAAGGUGCAUUUGAAGUUUGAAAAAAAGAGGUCUUAUGAUUCAUCAUUUUUAGCUGUCUAAAAAACGAAAUAGUCUUCAAAAUUCUAAAACCACAAUAAUAAAUCAUGCGUGGGCGGACAUAUUUUUUAUGUGUGCUGUAGAAGUGUACGAUAUGCUCAGUCGCCCUCCAACAAUAGCGUCCGACACCCAAGCUAAUGAUCUGAUAUCACAUAGCUGAAACAUAUGUGGUGGAUCGUAUGACCAACACAACACACGGGGCAGAUCUAACUUCCUUGUGGAAUAAAACUGAAUGGACCACAAAUGGGUUUGUCACUGAAAUAACUCAUAAAGUGUCAAGGGCUUUUGAAAAUAUUGUUAGGUCUGUCUUUGCACGAAUCAACAGACCUAAGAGUGUAUUGUGAAGGUGAUUACCGCUCGACGCAUCGGAGUAUAAGUGAACAAAGACGUAGAACUUCCUCAUUGCUUAAGGACUCCUGGUCUGGUUUUAAAUAGAACCUACAGUUCUCUAUAUAAGGGAGGCUACUAGAUGGCGAACUAGUGUUGAAAUCAGCCAGAUUCAUGAUCUGGAGGUGAUCAAGAUGAUGGACUACAGGGAUAAGUUCAAGGAUGAUGUGUUUGAUAGGAAUCAGCAGAUGGAUGCUGGUUCCUCGUGUGGUGAUCUCGCCGAACCACGUGUGAUCUCGCAUUGUGCCUGUGAAGACUUGGACUCGGAUGCGGCAUGUUCUCUGUAUUCCGAUGAUUCCGAUGAGCAGGAAUCCAUGUGUGUGUUCACAGAGAAUGGACAGAGUUAUCACGCGAAGAACAACUAUUCUACGUCACCUUUAAAAUAUAUCGACGGUGAAUUUUCGAUUGGACUCAGGGAGACGAUUAGUUCGUCGCCGGAAUAUUGCAUUCGGAACUCUUUUGUGACUGGCGAAACAGCUAAUCGACACAGCAAAACAAUGAAAGCUGCAUUGGAUAAGUCAAAACGUCGACGAAGUCGCAUCCAGACCGUAGUCAUCAUAGCAGCAUUUGUCCUCAGCAGCAUUGUCCUCCUCUGUGUCCUCGUCCUGGCCCUGGUGUGAAGCAAGCCUCUUUCUCUUCUGACCGUGAACCAGAGAUCCGCUAAGCCGUAAAAAUAGACCUUACUUCAAAGAAGACUCAUCUGAGAUUAUAU